AAAAGUCACGAGUACAACGUGGACCGGAGGGUGAUAACGAAACAUUCUACAUUGGUUGGGAAAACUCUACAGGGGAUCCGUGUCAGACAGUCUCGUCUAUAUGUUUAGAAUAAGUUGCCAAACUAAAAGGAUAUGAUACAGCUGGGUCGAUGUCCUUUGAAGGGUUAAAACAUGUUUUUCUUUGUAACUGGAGUGGUUUUCGGAGGUUAGUUAUGGUGUAGACUAACCACCGGAACACGCUUUUCAUUGGGCACCAUUCGUCACACUUCAUUCAACCAGCACCACAUGAAAACAAUGGCGAGGCGCAAAAAGGCACAUCGGGUUGGAAUUUAGCUGAACGUAGCCAUAGCACAGGUUGAAAACGGACUCCGAGAAAACAGAUCGGGGGGCAACCCGAGUCGAAGCAAGAUGGAAAGCCCGACCGAGACCCCAACCAGGGCUGCAGAGUAUCUGAAGGAGCUUAAUAACAUAAUCGAGACCCAACAGGAGUUACUGGAGAGGCAAAAAAAAAGGAUAGAGGACCUGGAGCAUCAAGUGUCCGACUUGUGUUCAGAAAACGCCUGUUUGAAAGACCUGUACCAGCGACAUCUGACUACGUGUAGGCUGCUGCAACAGGGCAACAGCCACGGAACGUUAGGUGUCAUAAAGGAAAACAUCACCCAAGAAAAAUCUGAAUGUGACAGCUCCAAAAUGGUCAGGAGACAUGCCUCUCUGCCCACCGACGUCACAGAGAGCCCUUCCAGUCUGAUGUCGGCCGGCUGCAGGAGAAGUUUCCCCUGCCGCAAGUGGAAGUCCGCCUCUUUUGGUGUGGAGGGGGAUGCCCGGCCCAGUGAGAGCGACGGUGGAGCCAGCUACAGGGGCCCAGUGAUCAGCCCAGACCGCUUCGAGGGCCCCCUCUACGGCCACGGAGUGCAGCCCGGCCCCCAGCGGCCUCCCCGCAGGCCCAAGCUCCAGCACUCCCAGUCCAUCCUCCGCAAGCAGGCAGAGGAAGAGGCCAUCAAACGCUCCCGCUCACACUCAGAGGGCUAUGAGCUGUCGGCUGACCUCCAGGACAAACAGGUGGAGAUGCUGGAGCGUAAAUAUGGCGGACGCUUCAUAACCCGGCAUGCGGCCCGAACCAUCCAAACAGCCUUCCGUCAGUACCAGAUGAACAAAAACUUUGAACGUCUCAGGAGUUGUAUGUCUGAGAACCGCAUGUCCCGACGCAUCGUCCUGUCCAAUAUGAGGAUGCAGUUCUCCUUCGAGGGCCCUGAGAAAGUCCACAGCUCCUACUUUGAGGGGAAACAAGUGUCCCUGACAAAUGACGGCACCCCCCUGGCCUUGGUACAGUCAGAGUGUGGAGACCUGGAGGUCCACCACCAGGCCAACAUGGCAUCACACCCGGCCUCCCAGAACCACCUAACGGAUGCCAUCACAGAGCUGGAGGACGCCUUCUCCAGGCAGGUCAAGUCUCUGGCUGAGUCCAUCGACGACGCCUUGAACUGCCGCAGCCUGCAGGGCGAUGAGGGUCAUGACCCAGAGGCCUUGGGCUGCCCCGAGGUGGAGAGGGAGGUGGCCUAUCAGGUGAAGCCUCACCGCGGGGCGACGGGACGCAAGCGAGAGGACAUGAUGGCAUCCUACAGCGAUGUGACUCUGUUUAUUGACGAGGAGGAACUGUCUCCCUCCAUGGGGCUGUCGCGGGGGUCUGGUGACCAGCCCUCCAGCAUUGAGUCAGACCUCCGCCUGCGCUCGGCCAACUCCUCCCAGGAUUACUGGCCACUGGACCCCAAGGAUGAGGAGCAUGACACGGACACCAGCUGCCGCAGCACUCCCUCCCUGGAGUGCCAGGAACAGAGGCUCCACCUCCCCCUGCUGACCAUCGAGCCGCCCAGCGAUAGCUCUGCCGAACACAGCGACCGCUCUGACCGCAGCUCCAUCAAACGUCCACCUGUCUACGAGUCUCACGGGGGAGGGCACAUCGUGGCAUCCUCCCAGGCCAGCCCCAAACACAUCUCUCAUGGCCUGCCCCCACGAGGGCCCUCCCGGGACGACGAGGCACCCCUCCGCCACCGCCACAGGGCGCUGGAGAGCCACCUAGCCAUCAAUGGCUCGGCCAACCGGCAGAGCAAGUCUGAGUCUGACUUUUCGGAUGGGGACAACGACAGCAUCAACAGCACGUCUAACUCCAACGACACCAUCAACUGCAGCUCUGAGUCGUCGUCCCGGGACAGCCUGAGGGAACAGACACUCAGCAAGCAGACGUACCACAAAGAGACACGCAACAGCUGGGACUCACCGGUCUUCAGCAACGAUGUGAUCCGCAAGAGGCACUAUCGCAUCGGCCUGAACCUCUUCAACAAGAAGCCAGAAAAGGGUGUCCAGUACCUUACUGAGAGAGGGUUCGUCCCAGACACGCCUGUGGGUGUGGCUCACUUCCUGCUUCAGAGAAAGGGCCUGAGCAGGCAGAUGAUUGGAGAGUUCCUGGGCAACCGGCAGAAACAGUUCAACAGAGACGUCCUGGACUGUGUGGUAGAUGAGAUGGAUUUCUCGUCGAUGGAGCUGGACGAGGCACUGAGGAAGUUCCAGAAUCACAUCCGGGUCCAGGGAGAGGCCCAGAAGGUGGAGCGCCUGAUUGAAGCCUACAGUCAGCGCUACUGUAUCUGUAACCCCACGGUGGUGCGCCAGUUCCGGAACCCUGACACCAUCUUCAUCCUGGCUUUCGCCAUCAUCCUCCUCAACACGGAUAUGUACAGCCCCAACGUCAAGCCAGAGAGGAAGAUGAAGCUGGAGGACUUCGUUAAGAAUCUCAGAGGGGUGGACGAUGGGGAGGACAUCCCCAGGGAAACUCUGGUAGGAAUCUAUGAGAGGAUCAGGAAAAGGGAGCUGAAGACCAACGAGGACCAUGUGUCUCAAGUCCAGAAGGUGGAGAAACUCAUAGUGGGCAACAAAAAACCGAUUGGAUCUCUCCACCACGGUCUAGGAUGUGUCCUGUCCCUGCCCCAUCGCAGGCUGGUCUGCUACUGCCGGCUGUUUGAAGUGCCGGACCCCAACAAGCUCCAGAAGCUGGGCCUGCACCAGCGGGAGAUCUUCCUGUUUAAUGAUCUUCUGGUGGUGACAAAGAUUUUCCAGAAGAAGAAGAACUCUGUGACAUACAGCUUCAGGCAGUCUUUCUCUCUGUAUGGGAUGCAGGUUCUGAUGUUUGAGAACCAGCAUUACGGGAAUGGAAUCAAGCUUACAUCAGCCAUACCAGGUGCCGACAUCAAAGUGCUCAUCAACUUUAACGCGCCCAACCCCCAGGACCGCAAGAAGUUUACUGACGACUUGCGGGAGUCCAUCGCCGAGGUCCAGGAAAUGGAGAAAUACAGGAUAGAGUCUGAGCUGGAGAAGCAGAAAGGGGUGGUGAGGCCCAGUAUGUCCCAGAGCUCUGGGCUGAAGAAGGAGGCUGGCAACGGCAACAUGAACCGUGCCAGUCUGGACGACACCUACACCAUGGGCGAGGGCCUGAAGAGGAGCGCCCUGAGCAGCUCCCUCCGCGACCUCUCCGAAGCAGGCAAGCGUGGGCGCCGCAGCAGUGCAGGAUCACUAGACAGCAAUAUGGAAGGGUCCAUCAUUAGCAGCCCCCACACACGCCGGAGAGCCACAACCCCCCGAAGUGAGGGCCCGCCCCGGGGCCACCCCACCAUCCCCAACUCCUCCUCCCUCCUCGGGUCGCUCUUCGGCAGCAAGCGGGCAAAGCCUUCAUCCCAGAGCCAUCCUCCUCUUCCUCCGCCCGGUCACCCCACCCUCAUCUCCCACACGCCCCAUCCGUCCAACCUCCACCACACAGCCCAGCAGGUAGCCCAGGCCCAGCUCCACCACUCCCAGUACUGCCAGCAGAACCCCCCUCCCUACCACCACCACCACCACUACCACCCCCCGCCCCACACACAGUACCACCAGCACCCGGCAGCAUACGCAUCCUCCUCCACCCACUCACACCAACACCCGCUUGUACCACAGCACAGUCACAACACCCACGGCCAUCAUGCCUCCCACUCCCAGCAUGCCCUUCAUCACCACAGUCAGCAGCAGAGCCCGGCACACAGCGGGUCCAAAACCAAGCACAGUGGCAUCAGCACCGUGGUGUGACGAGAGAGAGAGAGAGAGAGAGAGAGAGAGAGAAGAGAGAGAGAAGAGAGAGAGAAGAGAGAGAGAAGAGAGAGAAGAGAGAGAAGAGAGAGAGAAGAGAGAGAAGAGAGAGAAAAAGAGAGAGAGAGAGAGAGAGAGAGAGAGAGAGAGAGAGAGAGAGAGAGAGAGAGAGAGAGAGAGAGAGAGAGAGAGAGAGAGAGAGAGAGAGAGAGAGAGAGAGAGAGAGAGAGAGAGAGAGAGAGAGAGAGAGAGAGAGAGAGAGAGAGAGAGAGAGAGAGAGAGAGAGAGAGAGAGAGAGAGAGAGAGAGAGAGAGAGAGAGAGAGAGAGAGAGAGAGAGAGAGAGAGAGAGAGACAGAGACAGAGAGCGACUCAUCCACCAAUGGGGCAGAGGGUAUACUGUCCAUGGCCUGUCCACUGUGUUCCACUGCUGUGGUUGAGAUGGACCUCUGGCAGUCACUUGUAUCCCCUCCCUAUUUCAGCAUCUCACCAAUAUGCAGUUGGAAACCAGACUCAAUUCCUCCACAAAGGACCACGGCUCGAACCUUAGAGUGGGGGCCUCUUUUUUUCUGUCAGGGGUUGAGAGAGGAGGCGUUUUGUACGGGGAAACCCUCCUAAUCCCUGUGAACUCACACCAAACCCGGCUGUGGCGGCUGAAGAGAACCGUGCAUCUCUGUAGGCCGCUCUACAUUGAUCUGUUCUUUCAAUAGUCUGUCUUCCCUUCGUGUAAAGAGUUGGGACAGGCCUGGGAAAACAUUUCUGACUGUUUUCUCUGUCAUGAUGGCAUAUUAUAUUACACAGUCUUUUUAAUCAAAGCUAGCUUUAACACUGCUUUCUUGAGGUUUGUGAAACCCUUUCUUUAUUUUUAAGAAUGCUAUUUGUUGUUGCCUCUCGUAGAAUUCAUGAAGUGUAGAAAAGCUAGGUGUAAUCAUUUCACAAUACCUAGACCAAUGGACAGGCUAACAACUGAGGAACAGUCUCAAUGGUAGUAGUUCUAGUGCUGCAUUUACUGUAGAUGACAGCUUUACGUGUUGUCUCCUAACUCUCAUUAAUAAAUGUGCCAAUUACUAAUGCAUAAACUAUUUAGUCCACACUUCAUGUACAGUAUAUUGUGCGUAAAGUACCUUCUAAGAUUAUACAACCAUUAUUAUUAUCAUUAGAAAUGAACUUUCUCAGUAUUAUACUGACUCUAUGGUAACAGGAUAAAUGGAAAGGAGGCGUGAACCCACAUUGUCAGGCAGGCCAAUAACCUGCUCUGGUACCGAUUGCCUUCCAACCAGAGCAUUGAGAGACUCAGGAAUGCAGCUGUGGCACAUGGCCCUACUGGUGCUGUAUAAAACCUUAGAGUGGACAGACACUUCUUGGCAUGGGUAUUUACUGAGCAUAUGUUGCUCAUCUGCUGGGUAGAUGGGUCCCACUCAGCUCAGUAUAGUACUCCUUCAUAUGUUUAGUACAGUGAGUAAGAACAUGCAGUAAGAUAGCAGUGAAGAUGUGUCACAGCUCUCUUGUUGAGCUAACAGGCUUCUCUUGGCUGUAUGCUGGGUCAGCUCACAGCUUGCCUGACCUAUCGGAGACUUUACUGAUGGACCCAUAGUAGAGUUGGUAACGUCUCAUGCCAAUGAUGCAGCUGCAUUCUUGACUCUUCAAAUCGAAAUACAAUAAUCAUUUAUUUUUCUUUCAUAAUUUACUAUAUUUUUGUUUUCUUCGCAAAACCUGAGUAGUUGAGUGACUAAAAUAAGCUCUUAAGUAUGUAGUGAAUGAUUUGUUUGUUUGUCAACUUUGUUUUUAUCAUUCUGUACGUGCAAUAUCUUCGUACUGAUUUUGUACAUUCAGAACAAGCAAAGGGUCCCUUCUGUUUGUUUUGUAUGUUUUCAUGUUGUCGUUAUUUAUUUAUUUAGUUCGGACCCCUGUCGUUCUCUCUCAGUGGCUUAAUGUGUGGUUGUUCUCAUGGUUCUCUGAGAAGCACAGUCCUGGAAUUCAGUGGAAUGUCUAAUAAGUGAUGUUGCAUGUAAUGUUAUUGAUGUGAGGCUAUCCUCUCCACAUUCUAUAACAAAUCAGUGUUACCAUAGCGAUUAAAGUGCAAUCACGUAAAAAAAAAAUGUAGGCCUUCUACGGGUUCAAGUCUGUUAUCAUGUUGUCCAGGAAGAGAUUCAGGUGAAAAAUAUAUAUUUUUCAUUUCAGAUUAUGUACUUACUUACACAAUUCACGGUGGAAGGAAAGAGGAAUGUGUGUAUAUAUUUUAAAAAGGAAUUUGCUUCCCUCUGGGCAGAAAAUAACUAUUUUGCUGGAUAAGCACAUAUGAAGGAGCGCUUUCAUUUUUUUCAGGAAAUCUGAAAAAAUGUAGAUCUAAUUUACAGAAAAGAAAUGCAAAUGGAACAAAGGAACUGGGAUAUAUGUAAAAUAACUUUCUACAUUCUACAAAAUAAGAGUCUAUUAUCAUGUGUACAUUAGAGUCAACUGUUUCUCCCAAUAUUCAGGGUGUAAAUGUAUUUUAACAUUCACUAAGGAAACUGAAACCAUAAGACUAGAUUCAACACGUGUCCCUUCAUAUUAGAGCCAUGAUAUUAUAACAAAACAUAAGGACAUUUAGACAGAUAAACAUAUCUUAUCUGGAACAUGAAUAAUCACUUGAAUGUCUUUCUAAUAAUUUCAUAUUUUCCUUUUGUAACUCAGAAAUGGUCGGACAACGUAAAAAAAGAAGGAAAUGUAUACAUUGAUCUUGAUAUGUGUUGUAGUGCUUCAAGAAAUGUCCACAGUGAUCUACAGUCUGAGAAGUACCCCCACAAUGCACUGCAUGGACCUGAUGCAUCGUGUGUCCUUUUCACUGUGAGCUUGCUGACCAGGUCAGCCUGUAAAGUUGAAUGACUUUAUUUCCUUUCCUUUGGUUUAGAUCUGGAAUCUUCUGAUGUUGACUUGCUCUUGCUGUCCCACGUUAAGCUGAUUGUUACUUGAGCUCAGCAUGCAUUUAUUUCAUCUGCAUAUACAUAGCCAUUGUAAAAAGAACAAAACAUUAACACCGUUGCACUUCUGUUAUUAUUGAGCCGAGGGCUACGGUUGUGUAAAUAGGAGAGGAGAAGUGUUGAUUAUGGAAUUCUAAAAAAGGUGGUUUAUCUAAAAUGAAGAUUAGAAGGGACCAAGUGGGAGAAAAGGGAUAUGUACAUAGUGUGUAUAUUAUCACUACUGUAAUCCAACAUCUGCCGUGGAGAUCAGGGGGGUGUGUCCGUCACCUCAUAUGAGAGGUGGAAAAUAUAUGAUUCAGAACAUAUCGCUUGUCUCUGCCUCCAACUGUACUGAACUGUCAUUCGCUGUGGAUCUCAAAGACAGACUGUUAUAACGUUCACUGCCUCGUAAACACACACACACAGGCACACACAGACAGACACACACAGACAGACAGGCACACAGACACACACACUCAUCAAAGGGAAAGACAAGAGUGGCCUCAUUUCUAUGUGCAUUCAAGUUUGUCCAGUGAGUAGUGAGUCAGUAAGACCCCAGUUAUUGUAAAACUUCAACUGUGACAAUGUUGACAACGCUAAAUAAACAAAUAUAUGACUUAUGGUU